AUGGCCGCGAAGCUCACUUUCCGGCCGACCAGUCAGCUAACCCAACAUACCACCUCCCUCUCACAAAUUCAACCCAACACCAGCACCAUCAUCGUCACAUCCACGACCCAGAUCUUCCAACCCCCCUACCCCCCCCUCCUCCAAGUCCCAAACCCAUUCGUCGGCGCCUCUCCCUGCUACAACUGCGAGCGCUUUGGCCGCGGCUGCGUCUACAUCGAUCAUCUGAGCGAGCUGGGACAGAAGCGUCUGACAGAAGUCAAGGAGCAGGUUGGGUCGAUUGAGAGACAGCUGGAGAGGGAAGUCGCCGUGGCAGCUGUGGCAGCCAGGAGCUGUUGUGGCGCUGUGGGCUAUUCCAUCGGUAGCGGGCGAAGUAGUGUCAAUGACAACGGCCUUCAAAGGCUGAGGAGACGGAGAGGAGGAAGCGACGAUGGGGAUAGCGAUGGUGAUGAAGAAGACCCUGAAGGGGAAGCAGAUGGAAAAUGCGCUGAUCAAGGUGCAGGCGCAGGUGAAAAGGGGAAGGGCAUAAGCAAGGGACACAGUGCGAGAUACCACCAUUCGAGAAGACGACAGAGAAAGGGAGCAAAUAUUGUAGCAGAUGAAGUUGAGAGAGAAUAUGGGGGCGACGAGGGAGAUCUGCAAAUCACGCCGAUGGUGGCGCUGGAUCUGACUUACGAGGGGUACUCAGAUGGCAGCGGAACAGACGACCUGAUCGAUCUUGGGAUCCGGGUUGGGAGGAUGAGGAUCACAGAACGGAUUGGUGGCCUUAACCGGCCGAGACUCUCAGAGGAGAUUCAAGCUGGUAUCGCCGACACCCAAAAAGCUUUCUAUGCCACCUUCUCUGCCGACGCUGACGAGCUGCCGGAUGCGAUCCCGGACUUUCUCCGACCUGGUGAUAGCUAUCUCAAACCUCCUCGUAGUGGCUACUUGUUCAGGCAGGGCAGCGAGCUGCACGAUUUUUGGGACAUGCUGCUGGACCAAGAGUUGGCCGACAGCCUGAUGGCGCGCUACUACGAAGCAUCGUUUUGGGAAGACGUGAACAAUCACGUAGUGCCGCGAGCUUCGACACAGGCAGUCAUAUUUGCCGCUUGGUUCAGCGCAUCGGUGACUAUCGAUGAUGCCUUUGCUGGAAAGUUUGGCUAUACCGCGAACCAGCUAAUCAAUCAGACAAAGCUGGGCACUGAGACAGCACUCAGCAAGGCUGGUUUUCUGGGGUCCACGAGCCUGGAAACACUUCAGGGGUUUGUGAUGUAUCUGCUUCCACUCUGCCGCGAUGAGGUCUCUCGAGGCCAUUCGGUGCUUGUUGGGGCUGCUAUCCGUAUGGCUGAGUGUAUGGGCUUGCACCGCGAUGGUUCGGCGUUCGACUUCAGUGCAGUCGAGACCGAGGUGCGGCGGCUGAUCUGGCAUCAGAUCUGCUUCCUGGAUAUUCGCACAUGCGAAGCCCAGGGCCCCAGACCGGCCAUCCGACGCGGCGAGUACGACACGAAGUUGCCCCUUAACUGUGAAGAAACGGACCUGCGGGCAGACACAACCGAGAGCCCUCCUCCAGCCGAGCGCUGGACGCCGGCCUUGCUGUCCAUAAUCCGUUUCGAGAUUAACGAGAUGAUGCGUAGCAUCUGGCAGGACCGACGCAAUCUGGAACUGCGCAAGACAACGAUCACUGCAGUUUUGACCAAGAUCGAGGAGUUCCGACGGCGGCUAAUGGACAAGUACAAUCGCUUCUUCGAUGAGCGCGUGCCCAUCCAGCAGUACACCAAGCUGGUUAUGCAGCUGCUCAUGUACCGCCUGCACGCCAUGGUGCUGCAUCCGUACCACAGCAACACGGCCAACCCGCUGCCUGACCGUCUACACGGCCUGCUAGUUACAAGCGGCAUCUUUAUCGUCGAAAUCGCCAUCAAGCUGGAGAGCAACGCCCUGUUUCGUGACUGGGCCUGGUACCUGGGCGCCUACCAGCAAUACCAGAUCGCCCUGUUGCUGGCGACAGAGGUGUAUUACCGGCCUAACAGCACGCACGCCCCGCGCAUUUGGCCAUGCCUGGACUGGGUCUUUAACCUGGAUCCCAACAUGCCUCGGGAUGAAAAGAUCGUCAAGCUGCUGGCCGAGAUUAUGGGAAAGACGAGCAUCUACAUGGGAAUGCGUCGCGUACGUGCCCCGACUACCAUUGCAAGGGCAGUCCCUGGAAAACAGGCUGUCAAGGACUCGCCGCCGUCGUCGAACGCUCCGCCGCCGGCAGCGUCUCUGCAGCACCGGCAGAAACAACAGCCCGGGCAAGAUGAAAAGGAAAAGCAGCAACAAAGGCAACAGCAAGUUGAGCCGAAGCAAGAAACCCAGCAGCAGCAGCAACCACUUCAGCAGGCCCAACGACCUUCUCAAGACUCACAAUCCUCUCAACAGCCAGUCCCUCAAGUUCAUCCUCACUCGCAAUACCAAAGCACACAACCCAUCGCCCCCCCUCCACCACCACCUCCUCCACCGCAAGUCCAUCGCUCUCUUCAAGUAGCCAACUAUCCCAGCAUGCCAGCAUCAGCUCUUCAACAGGUUCUUCCUCCACCUAUGAUGGGUAUAGUAAUGGAAGGACUACCCGCUGGACCCGUACACGCCCAUCAGCAACACCUCCCAGCGCACACCAAUGCUCCUCCUCCUCAACAACAACAUCCAAUCCACAUCCCCCCAGCACCCUCACACCAUCCCCAUCCCCAUCAUGCCCCUCACAUCGACCUCACCUCCGCCGCCGCAGCAACCUUUUUCCCCUUCCCGCCAGCCCAUCAUCUGGGUUCAUCUCCAGAAAUGGUCUUCCACGGCGUGUCCAACGGCGAAGCCCUCUGGGGGAUGCCCCCUCCUCCGGGAACGGUCGCCGCCAGCCCCGAGAACAGCACUACCAGUGCCAGUGACGGGGUUGUUCAGGGGCAGCAAGGGCAAGGAGGGACGCAGAGUCGACAUGGGAGUCUGAGUUUGCAAGGCGGCCAGGGACAGCCGGUUAAUGCGAUGGAGAUUGAUUGGGACGCAAUCAAUAUGCUUUUCCCUACAGACCCAGAGACAGGCCAGCUCGGGUUUAACACAUUCGAGGGGAUGGUGCCAUCUGCGGAGUGGACAGGACAGUAA